AUGGUGGUUACGGUGCCGAAGGAUGUUGAUUUGGGGAGGAAUGAAGAGGUUUGGGGUGAAGGUAAUAGAACUGGAUGGGCGGCCGCAAUUUUAAGGAAUACCUUUCAAGGAAAGGGAACAUUGCACUUUGAGGGUAUGUUUUUUCAUGUGAGAUGUUGUGCUCAUAUACUAAACCUGGUUGUACAAGAUGGACUGGGAAAAAUUGAUGGUUGUCUUGUCAAAAUAAGAGAAGGUGUGAAAUAUUUGAAGAAGUCAGCGGGUCGCCUCUUGAAGGUUGGUGAAAUUUCGAUCACCCUUGGUAUCCAAACCCGCCGAUCAUUGUGUAUUGAUGUAAAAACCAGAUGGAACUCAACACACCGUAUGCUUAAAUCGGCGAUUCAAUACAAACAUGCUUUUGAAGGUUACGCGUUGAGGGAUUUGAAUUAUGAGUGGUCUCUUACGGAUGAGGAGUGGGAUCGGGCUAAAAAGGUAUGCAAGCUACUUGAGGUGUUUUUGGAUGCUACAGAUUUGUUUUCGGGUACACUAUAUCCGACCGCAAAUUUGUUUCUUGUUGAGAUUUUUAAAGUAAAAAGAGAGAUAACUAAUGUUGUUAAAUUAAAUGAUAAUUUCUUGAAAAAUAUGGGAAGGCCAAUGUUUGACAAGUUUGAGAAGUAUUGGGGAGAAAUCGGGGUACUUAUGCCAAUUGCUUCUCUUUUAGACCCGCGUUUUAAGAAGGGAUCUAUUUCUUGGACAUUUAAGAAGUUGUAUCCAGAAAAAGAGGUUAAUGGUUGGGUUGAAGAUGUGAUUAAUAAGUUAAAACCACUUUUUGAAAAAUACUCUAAUGUAUAUCAAGUGGCUAGGGCUGCCGAUAGCAAUCUAAAUGGCACAUCAUCUGAGGGCCCAAGUAUUCGUGCUGGAGACGAUGAUUUUUAUGCUUAUCUUGAAACUAAACCCGUUGAAAGUACACAAAAUCAGAACUUGAUGUGUAUUUAG